CUGUAAUUGAGAACUAAAAAAGAGAUGGAGAUAGACAUUUCAUUAUGUUUACAUUAGAGUGGUAUAGGGAAAAGUUGAGCCUUGGAACUUAACCAAGAGUAGUGGCAAACCUACUAAAGCUGUGCAUGAGAUAAAAUAUUCGUAUAGGUGACGGUAUGGCCAAAUAAGAAGAGUAGAAAAAAAAAAAAGCUAAAGCAAGAAACUCGAGAGAGAAAACAUAGAGAGCAAGGAGUGCGAAAAUCUAAACCAACGUAAAAAGGCGAAGUUCUGAAUUCUUGAUUUAGCAGCGCGAUCAAGACAGGGGAUGGAUGGGGAUAUGUAUAUGAAAUACGGGUUGAUUCAUUAGCAAGCAUAACUGAAAAAGGCUGAAAUCCGAGCAGCUCGAAGAACAAGAGAAGAAGGGAAAAUGGGGAGCAGAACUAAUUUCUACAAGAAUCCUUCCAUCUCCUACAAGAAGGACUUGCAUCUCUCCUCCGCUCUUCAAAAUCUGAGAGCGUAUAACAUUGCUACCGGCAAUGCUCCUCCGACCGAUGUUCAAGUUCAAUCACCUCCUGUCCCUGUCGUGAAGAAGAAUGAGAAUCGGAAACGCCAACGGGAGCCAGAAUUAUGUGGUACUCAAAUGUAUGAUGUUGGAAAUAGUGACGGCCCUAUGUCUCAUCAAGAUUACAUUGAAAGGAGAAGAAAAGAAGCAAAUAAAUCUCAACCUUAUGAGACACUUACGGAAGAUGUUUUGGUAGCUUCCAGCUCGGGCUUGAACUUGGUCGACUAUGAAAGUGAUGAGAGCGUGUCUUCAGAUGGUGCAGAAAAGCCAGAUGUUCAAAAUUCCAGUCUCUUGAAUGAUUACAAGGAAGUUGAAAGCAAAACUGAGCAACGUUUUGCUGUUGCGGGAGAACCUGUUUGUGUCGUAUGCGGUAGAUAUGGAGAAUACAUAUGUGAUGAAACCAAUGAUGACAUUUGCAGCAUGGAGUGCAAAUUCAAGCUUUUGGAAAUUCUUAAACGAGGCGAGGAGUUCCCAAACUGUGAAGUGAAAGAUGUUGCCUUACCAGAAAGUAAAUAUAUCCUGCCUUCCCCAGAGUUUGGGGAGGACACCUGGGAUUAUAAGAACCAUCGCUGGUCCAAAAAGAAAUCCAAUCUUUGUACUUAUGAGUGCUGGAAAUGUCAAAAACCGGGACACCUUGCUGAAGAUUGUUUGGUGAAAACCAGUAACCAGGCAAUGCAACAAAUGACUUCCAAUCCUGUACCUGGUGAUCUCCUUGGACUAUACAAAAGAUGUUACCAGAUGGGAAAGAAUUUGUCAAAUGCACUAUGCAAUGAAUGCAGCUGUUCAUAUAGUUUGGCGACAUGUCUUGAUUGUAACACUGUUUACUGUGACAGUGCAGGUCAUUUAAAUGAGCAUAUCCACACACACCCAACUCAUGGACUAUAUUACUCGCAUAAACUCAAACGUCUUGUAAAAUGCUGCAAAUCAACAUGCAGGGUGACUCAAAUCAAGGAUCUUCUAGUGUGUCAUUACUGUUUUGAUAAAGCUUUCGACAAGUUCUACGAUAUGUAUACUGCAUCAUGGAACAGAGCUGGGCUUUCAAUCAUAUCAGGUUCCAUUUGUUGCGAAGAUCAUUUUGCAUGGCAUCGGAUGAACUGUUUUAACGCAGAUGUAGAGGACACUGCCUAUAUCAUCAAUAGGAAACCGAAAAAAGAUAAGUUUGUUUCCAUUAGUGACUUUAUUUUUUGAAGAAGCUCAAGAGCUCAAGCAACUCAACUUGUUCCUCCAAUUUUCUUGUGAAUAUUAUGGAAAGAAAUGUGUAUUUAUUUGAUCCUAUCUUUUCUUUCCUCUCUUUUUAAAGUUUUUAAUUUGGUCUUGGAGGAUCAAAUUGAAAAUAUCACGUGAGAUUCAUGUUAUUACUGUUGACAUGUUUUGGCUGUGGUUUUUAUUUUUUAGAAAAAAGAUAUGGGAUUGAGCCUUCAACUCUGUGAUAUGGACUAUAGCUCCUUACCAUUGUGCUAGGCUCGUUUUCACUUAUUUGGUUGUAGCUUGUUUUAAUUUUUUAAUCUCACUCGUUGUAAAUGUAAUCAUAGUUAAAAUGUGUGAGUUUUUCAGUCUCA